CCGCCUCUGGAAAGCGCAUCCGGAAGAAUCACGCCUGCGAGAUGUGCGGCAAGGCCUUCCGCGACGUCUACCACCUGAACCGACAUAAGCUGUCGCACUCGGACGAGAAGCCCUACCAGUGCCCUGUGUGCCAGCAGCGCUUCAAGCGCAAGGACCGCAUGAGUUACCACGUGCGCUCACAUGACGGCGCUGUGCACAAGCCCUACAACUGCUCCCACUGUGGCAAGAGCUUCUCCCGGCCGGAUCACCUCAACAGUCACGUCAGACAAGUGCACUCAACAGAGCGGCCCUUCAAAUGUGAGAAAUGUGAGGCAGCUUUUGCUACGAAGGAUCGACUCCGAGCGCACACAGUACGACACGAGGAGAAGGUGCCAUGUCAUGUGUGUGGCAAGAUGCUGAGCUCCGCUUAUAUUUCGGACCACAUGAAGGUGCACAGCCAGGGCCCUCACCAUGUCUGUGAGCUCUGCAACAAAGGUACUGGUGAGGUUUGUCCAAUGGCGGCGGCGGCGGCAGCAGCAGCAGCGGCAGCAGCAGCAGUGGCAGCCCCUCCCACAGCUGUGGGCUCCCUCUCUGGGGCAGAGGGGGUACCAGUGAGCUCUCAGCCACUUCCCUCCCAGCCCUGGUGAGCUCCAAGUUGAUGGGAGCGAGGGGAAGAGCAGAGGAAAGCUCUUCUUGGUACAGUCUCCUCUUCUCACCAACUCCUCACUGCUCACCAUCAACCAAGGAGCCUCCAGACAGAGGAGGAAGAAGGAAUUCACUAGGUUUAACAAUGUUUCUCCUGCUCCUUUCUUCUCCCUAUCAGAGCUGACCCUCCAAACACCUGUCCCCUGAGUUGUGUUGAAGUCCCCUGGACAGUGAGCAGGGGUGGCAGAGGACAGCAGCAGUCACUGCCCUCAACCUUUAAACCCCUUGCCUUUCCUCCCAGGGAUUUGUGAGCCUUUCCCUAGAAGGUCCUGUGCUCUCCUCCUGCAGUCCCCUCUCCUACUGUCUGCUGCCCCUUCCUGGGGAGUUGGUGCUUUCUUUUUUUGUUGUUGUUUUUUCCCAGGGGGAGGGAGGAGAGAGAGGAGGGGGACUAAGAUUCUGUCCCAGAGGAGGGAUACGGUGGUACUGAGGGACAGAAGAAGGGAAGGCAGAGGGAUACUUUCAGUAAGGUAGGGUGGUUGAACACUAAACAUCCUACUGGAUAUCUGUCCAGGGAAAAGCCAAGGGGAGUGUCAGAAGGAGCCACUAGGGCCAGAGGCAGAACAAGAGAGAUGGAAUCUUAGGGGGCCAGGGUAAAGGAGGAGAGCCAGGGACUAGAGGUGCUUCCUGGGGGUGGGGGAAUGCAGCCACGGUGUCUCCCCCUUCCCUCUUCCACCCCAGCUCCAGCCCUGGUCUUUUCUCCUCUUUCCCACAACAGAAGCUGUGGCCCUGGCCAUGUCAUCGUGUUCCUGUGUCCCUUGCAUGUUCCCUCCCUCCCCUCCCUCCUUUUGCGCAGACCCCAUUACAAUAAAUUUUAAAUAAAAAAUUUGUCUCUGGGUUCU